GCUACAGGUUCAGUAUAAACUCUCCAUGGCUGCAGGAGUAACGCAGAGUACUGUUCCAGUGACCCUGUUGUCCAGUGUUUCCUGGCAGUAAGCGAUGAUGAGAGAGGAGGGCAGCGAGUAAAGAGGAGCUGCAGGGACCCUCGGAAUUCACGUGAAAAAUUGAGCUGUCCACUCUUCUCCAGGACGAGCUGUGAUGAUGGAGAAAGCUGCACUGCUGCUGUUCUGCUGCCUGGUCAUGUCUCUAUCAGGCUCCCCACUCUACCCAUCCAUUAGGUUCGGUCAGAGGGACAUGUCCAUCCUGAUGACGUCGUCUAUCAAUGAUCCAGCAGAGAAGCUGCCGGGCGACAUGAGUCAUCCCAGGGAGCGAGCAGAGUUACGCUCCGGACGUCACGCUGAUGCCAUCUUUACAAACAGUUACAGGAAAGUUCUGGGCCAGAUCUCUGCCAGGAAGUUCCUACAGACCGUCAUGGGUAAACGGCUGGGUGAUGCAAGUGAGAGCUACAUGAAGCGUCAGUCAGACAUCUACGAGGGGACCUAUAAAGAAGAUCUUACAUCCAUCCACAGCGACCAGAGAUACAGAGGAGUGCACGGGAAAGCUGUGGGCUCCAGACUGCUGAGCUGAGAUCAGAGGACCAGACUGCCAGUGCUCAACAACACUCUUCUUCUCAUGAUGACCAUCAACGCUUGGUUUCUUAUUCUUCCUCCAACAUUUUCUGUCCAAAUGAAAACAAUAAUGUCGUUUUUUUUUUUUUUAAUCAUUGUCAUUAAAAGCUGUGAAGAAAACUGUCCAGUGUUUCUACAAUGCUUAUUAGGAUGUGGCUCAUGCUGAAGAAA